AUGGUCCCGAAGACUCAGAAGCAGUGGGUUAUCCGCGGUACUGGCAGCUUUGAAUCUCUGGAAUUCCAGAAGGAAGCCCCAGUCCCUCUGAUCGGGGACCAAGAUGUCCUUGUUCAAAUCCAUGCCGUUUCGCUCAACUUUCGCGACCUAGUGCUGUGCAUGGGACGCUAUCCUUUUCCGCUAAAGGACGGCGUAGUGCCCGUGUCUGACGGUGCUGGUAUCGUCGUGGCUGUCGGUUCUCGCGUGAGCCGCUUCGUCGUCGGGGACCGAGUUGCCACAAUGCUCCACCAGCGUCACCUGGCUGGACCUCUGGAUCUCAGAGGUCGAAGGAGCGCUAUCGGAAGUGAAAAUGAUGGCUCGCUCAGAGAGUACGCAUCAUUCUCAGAGGAUGGCCUCGUUGCGGUUCCAAACAACUUGACCUUGAACGAGGCUGCUACUCUACCGUGCGCCGCGUUAACUGCCUGGAGCGCUCUUUACGGACUUGAGGGUCGCGCUUUGAAGUCUGGUGAGAUUGUGCUCACCGAAGGCACUGGCGGUGUAAGCACCUUUGCAGUCCAGUUUGCCAAAGCGGCUGGCGCUCAAGUCAUCGCGACCACUUCGUCAGCUGAAAAGGCAGAGCAACUCAAGAAGUUGGGAGCGGACCAUGUGAUCAACUACAAGGAGAACCCAAACUGGGGCCAGCUUGCCAAGAGCUUGACCCCCAACAGCGAAGGAGUCUCUCUUGUCGUCGAGGUGGGAGGGCCAUCCGCUGCUAGACAGGCUCUAGCUGCUUUGAAGUUGAACGGGCUGAUCUCAAUGGUGGGCUCUACCAGUUCCUUCACAUCGCCCGGGAGCGACGAUGCCAAAGAGCCGACAUUCAUCGAGACAGUGAUCCAUACGUGCACGGUACAAGGGAUUAGUGUUGGAUCGAGGGUUCAGUUUGAGGAGAUGAAUCGUGCCAUCGAGGUGAAUGAUAUUCAUCCCGUCUUAGAUGCGCGCAUCUUUAAGCUGGAGGAAGCCCGCGAGGCCUAUAAGUAUGUUUGGGAUCAAAAGCACUUUGGAAAGGUGGUUAUCCAGGUGGCAUCCUAG